UGUGUAUUUUCUGUAAAUGUGGCUAUAGACGUAUUUCCAGUCUAACAAUGUUUCGUGUUUAUUUUACUGACUUUGAAAGAUCUGUGUUGAGAAGGAUUUGCUGAGUGAAAGUGUAUAGUCUAGAUAUGUACUGUUUAUCAUUGUUGCAAAGAUCGUGUGUGCACACCUCUGCCAGGACUUGGAAAAAAGCACCACAAAACCUGAAAGGGAAAAGUGCAUCGGAACAGCGGUGGAUUGUCCGGCAGCUCAAUGACCCUUUUGUGAAAGCCGCUCAUAAGCAAAACUAUCGCUGCAGGAGCGCCUUUAAACUACUGGAGAUAGACGACAAGCACAAAAUUCUGAAGCCUGGCUGCAGCGUCAUCGACUGCGGCGCUGCUCCAGGCGCAUGGAGCCAAGUUGCGGUUGAAAGAGUAAAUUCAGCCGGAUCAAAUACUGAAUUCCCAAAAGGCUUUGUUGUUGGGGUGGACCUUCUCCGUAUUGCCCCUCUGGAUGGAGCCCUCUUCCUGUCCAAUUGUGACGUCACAGACCCAGCCACACAAGAAAAGCUGCAGAAUCUUCUCCCUGGAUCACAGGCAGAUGUCAUUCUGAGUGACAUGGCCCCCAACGCCAGCGGCUUCAGAGAAAUGGACCAUGAACGACUCAUUGCCAUGUGUCUGUCUGUGGCGGACUUGGCCGAGAGGGUUCUGCGGCCGGGUGGCUCACUAAUCUGUAAAUACUGGGAUGGAGGUCAGGCCCACCAGGUUCAAAGCAGGCUGGCUUGCGCUUUCCGUGAAGUGAAGAUUGUGAAACCCAAAGCCAGCCGGAAGGAAUCCGCUGAACUGUUUUACUUGGCAAGGUUGUUCAAAAAGUAAAGAUGUAUUUAAGACAGUAAUCAAUUCCUAAGCGGCCACUACGCAUUUUAAUCUAAAAGCCAAGUAUUUAUUUUUAUGUAAUAAGAACAUUUCCCUGAUUAAAUGGCUCCUUUUACUUAACAUCU